AUGGCUACAUUACUCCGACGGCCAGGCAAUCUUGCUCGCUACUCGAAGAAGGCCGCAGAAUGCACCGGUCGCACGGGACUGGCUCCCCUGCGUGUGCAACCGUCCAGGCUUUCAUACUUGGUACUAUCACACCGCGCGAGAACCUACUCCACGCAGGGUCCGACACCACCCGACAAUAACAAUCGGAACAACUCGUCAGACGGCGGCAACAAUGACAAGCAAACGAAGCACACUAAGUCGGCUCUGACCGAGUCUGAACUGAGAAGGGUGGAUGAAUGGCUAGAGGGUAUGGACGUGGUGCGGCGUACCCAGAUUCGGGAGUACCUCAUGACCAACGGGCUUCCACCAGAGGUCAGGCUGCACCUCGAUCCGGACCACCCACCGACCCUGAUGGACCGGAUCAGGAUGAUGCGAUUCUUGUGGACGGUCACAACUUCCGACGCUGCAUUGGAGGCGCUUCGAAAGCAUGACGAAGAGCAGGCAAGCGCAAAGCGCGGCUUCUCGGACACGCGGACUCCCGAAGAGAAACGCCGUGACGAAGAAGCCAGCGUUCAUUUCAAUAAGGAGUCGGAGCAGAAGCCGCAGGGCCAGCAAUCGCCGAAGGAGGGCCAGCAACAACCCAGCACAGAACCACCACGGGAUCCCAAACAAGGCAAGGAUCCUAAAGAUGAAAAGGAUUCCUCGCAAAAGCAAGAUCCUAAUAAGGACAAGAAUAAGAAGCAACAGGACGGCAAGAAGGGCGGCAAGGUUCCCCCGAACAUGGGCAAAGUCUUGGAGUUCCGCUUCGACCCCAUCUCGUUCGCCAUAACCUCCCUCGUUACAUACUACGUCUACCGCAGCGUCUUCCCCGGCGAAACUGGGGGCAGGGAAAUCACUUGGCAAGAAUUCCGGGCUAACUACCUGGAGAAGGGCCUCGUGGAGAGAUUGACUGUAAUCAACAGCAACAGGGUUCGGGUUGAUCUUAACCGCGAAGCUGCAGCCCAAGUGUACCCUGACUCAAAUGGCCAGCCUGCCUCAUAUGUCUACUUCAGUAUCGGUUCCGUCGAUAGCUUCGAGAUGAAGCUCGAGGCCGCUCAGUAUGAACUGGAGAUUCCAUCGCAUGAACGUAUUCCUGUCGCCUACCACGAUGAAACCCCAUGGGGUAGCGUUUUGAUGUCAUUGGCUCCUACCCUCCUCUUCCUUGGUGGUGUUUUCUGGAUGUCGCGGCGUGCCGGUGGCGGCGCCGGUGGCCAGAGCGGAAUCUUUGGUAUUGGAAAGAGUCGUGCCAAGCGCUUCAACCACGAGACCGAUAUCAAGACCAAGUUCGCUGACGUUGCGGGCAUGGACGAAGCCAAGGUCGAGAUCAUGGAAUUCGUCAGCUUCCUCAAGCAGCCCGAGCGCUUCGAGAAGCUGGGUGCAAAGAUCCCCCGUGGUGCUAUUCUCUCAGGACCCCCAGGCACCGGUAAGACACUGCUUGCCAAGGCCACUGCCGGUGAAUCCGGCGUGCCCUUCUACAGUGUCAGUGGUUCCGAGUUCGUCGAAAUGUUUGUUGGUGUUGGUCCCUCUCGUGUCCGUGAUCUGUUCGCCAAUGCCCGGAAGAACACUCCCUGCAUUAUCUUCAUUGAUGAAAUUGAUGCAAUUGGAAAAUCCCGUUCGAAGUCAAACGUCGGUGGGGGAAACGAUGAGCGUGAAAGCACUCUCAACCAGAUUCUCACCGAAAUGGAUGGCUUCAACACUUCUGACCAGGUGGUUGUCCUCGCCGGUACCAACCGACCGGAUGUUCUCGACAAGGCCCUCAUGCGUCCCGGACGUUUUGAUCGACACAUCUCCAUUGACCGACCUACCAUGGACGGUCGCAAGCAGAUUUUCCGUGUUUACUUGAAGAAGAUCGUCACAGACGAGAACCUUGAGUACAUGGAGGGCCGACUCGCCGCUCUGACUCCUGGUUUUGCUGGUGCUGAUAUUGCCAACUGUGUCAACGAGGCAGCUCUUGUUGCUGCCCGUGGCAACGCAGACAAGGUCGUGAUGAAACACUUCGAGCAGGCUAUUGAACGAGUGAUUGGUGGAUUGGAGAAGAAGUCCCUUGUUCUCUCCCCCGAGGAGAAGCGGACCGUUGCCUACCACGAGGCUGGCCACGCUAUCUGCGGAUGGUACUUCAAGUGGGCUGACCCAUUGCUGAAGGUGUCCAUCAUCCCCCGCGGACAAGGUGCAUUGGGUUAUGCGCAAUACCUCCCCGCCGGUGGUGACACCUACCUGAUGAACGUCAACCAGAUGAUGGACCGCAUGGCUAUGACUCUUGGUGGUCGUGUCAGCGAGGAAUUGCACUUCGACACUGUGACCAGCGGUGCCAGUGACGAUUUUAACAAGGUCACUCGCAUGGCUACUGCCAUGGUCACGAAGUUCGGCAUGUCCUCCAAACUCGGCUACAUCUACUACGAGGACGACUCUCAGCAGCAGCUCCACAAGCCCUUCUCCGAGGCUACUGCCCACUCCAUUGACAUGGAGGUGCGCCGUAUCAUCGACGAAGCCCACAAGCAGUGCCGUGAUCUCCUGACCGAGAAGAAGAAGGAGCUUGGUAUCGUCGCCGAGGAACUCUUGUCUAAGGAGGUCCUGGGACGUGAUGAUCUUAUCCGUCUCCUUGGCCCGCGUCCUUACCCCGAGUCUGGCGAGUUCGCCAAGUACUUCGACGGUAAGGGCGGCAAGACCAUUGCGCCCCCCGACACCCAGAGCCCCGAAGAAACCACUGGCAAGGAUGGCCGGGACGAGACACCUAUUCCCCCUUCAUAG